GAACACUGGGGGGGUAAGUGUUUAUGAUGAAGCCAUUUCUAGCUAUUGUAAGUUGUAAAAGCAGACUGAACAUUCAGCAUCGGCUGAAGGAUAACUAGUGCAGUAUUAGCGUAACAGGGCGGCGUUCGCGCAGUGGCGUGAACUAUCUUGACGAAACGGCUCCUUCGGUCACGUGACCGCGCUUUGCCUCCGCGGUCACCUGACUUGUUGUGUUGCCAGUGAGGGAAAAAUGGCUGCUCACUUAUCGUAUGGUAAAGUCAAUUUGAACAUUUUGAGGGAGGCGGCACGAAAGGAGCUGCGCGAGUUCUUGGACAAAUGUGCGGGAAGCAAGGCCAUAGUUUGGGAUGAGUAUCUGACGGGACCCUUUGGACUCAUAGCCCAGUACUCCCUCCUGAAGGAACAUGAAGUGGAAAAGAUGUUUACGCUCAAGAGUGGCAAGCUCCCCUCCGCUGACGUCAAGAACAUCAUCUUCUUCGUCCGCCCCAGACUGGAGCUCAUGGACAUCAUCGCCGAGAACGUGUUCAGCGAGGACAAGAUGCACUCGUCUCGAGACUUCCACAUCCUGUUCGUGCCCCGGCGGAGCAUGUUGUGCGAGCAGCGGCUGAAGGAGCAGGGCGUGCUGGGCUCCUUCAUCAACAUCGACGAGUACAUUCUGGACCUGAUUCCCUAUGAUGGGGACCUGCUCUCCAUGGAAUAUGAAAGUGCCUUCCGGGAGUGCUACCUGGAAAAUGACCAAACAAGCCUUUACCACACAGCCAAAGGCCUCAUGACCCUGCAGGCCCUGUACGGCACCAUCCCUCAGAUAUACGGCAAGGGAGACUGUGCACGGCAUGUCGCCAACAUGAUGCUGCGGAUGAAGAGGGAGUUUGCCGGCACUCAGAAUCAGAUCCUGCCCGUGUUUGACACGCUGCUCCUCCUGGACCGUAAUGUUGACCUGCUCACCCCUCUGGCCACGCAGCUCACUUACGAAGGCCUCAUCGAUGAGAUCUAUGGAAUCCAAAAUGGUUAUGUCAAGCUGCCGCCUGAGAAGUUUGCACAGAAGAAGCAAGGUGAAGCGAGUAGAGAUUUGCCCACGGAGCCCAAGAAGUUACCGCUCAACUCGGCAGAGGAGCUGUACGCAGAAAUCCGGGACAAGAAUUUUAAUGCAGUUGGAACAGCGCUCAGCAAGAAAGCCAAAAUCAUUUCUGCUGCCUUUGAGGAACGGCAUAAUGCCAAAACAGUGGGUGAAAUUAAGCAGUUCGUGUCCCAGCUGCCUCAUAUGCAGGCAGCACGGAGCUCGCUGGCCAACCACACCUCUGUGGCGGAGUUGAUCAAGGACAUCACCACAUCUGAGGCUUUCUUCGAUAACCUAACAGUGGAGCAGGAGUUCAUGACUGGAGUUGACACAGACAAGGUGAACACGUAUAUAGAGGACUGCAUCGCCCUGAAGGACCCACUGAUCAAGAUUCUGCGUCUGGUGUGCAUGCAGUCUGUCUGCAACAAUGGCCUCAAACAGAAAGUGUUGGAUUACUACAAGAGGGAGAUUCUCCAGACGUAUGGUUUUGAACACAUACUAACACUAAACAAUUUAGAAAAGGUGGGUCUCCUGAAGCCACAGACAAGCUCAAGGAAUAACUACCCCACUAUUAGAAAGACCCUUAAACUGUGGAUGGAGGAUGCCAACGAACAGAACCCCAACGACAUCUCAUAUGUGUAUAGCGGCUACGCUCCACUAAGCAUUCGGCUUACCCAGGUUCUGGCCAGGCCCGGGUGGCGUAGCAUAGAAGAGGUGCUAAAGAUGCUUCCAGGGCCACACUUUGAGGAAAGACAGCAGUUGCCUCCCGGGCUUCACAAGAAACGCCAGCAGGGGGAGAACCGGACAACCCUGGUGUUCUUUCUGGGUGGAGUGACGUAUGCAGAAAUAGCCGCUCUGCGUUUCCUCUCCCAAAUGGAAGACAGCGGCAUGGAGUACAUUAUAGCCACCACAAAGCUUGUCAACGGUACAACGUGGAUCAAAUCCCUCAUGGAUCGGCCUGAGUCUCAGACGCCCUGAGUCACCAGGAUGAACACUUGGCCACAUCAAACGCCCCAUUUGUCCCAUAACGCCAGCUGCGGUUUUUUUUAUGUCGGUGUGCUGCAGGUGUUUCAUUGAUGUCUGAGCUAGUUAAACAUCAGCAACAUCUGGAAAAGGUUUCACAGUGAAACCUUUGGCGUGUAAACAAAGUUACACUCACUUUUAGUGUUACUGACCAAAAUUCUGUUCAGUGUUUAUAUUUGAGUCUGACAGGCAUGUUGAAUGCAUCUCCUGCAUCUUAAUUUAGCCAAGCUAUGUGUCAUUUAUUUCCCGACCUGUUCUACUAAAGAUCUACUAUCUAGCUACUGUAUAUAUAUGAUUAAAAUAUUCCCUCUGCUUGAAUAAGAUGAUUAAAUAUGCACUGUGAUUUGCAUUUUGCAGGCUUUUGUGGACAUUCUUCUUUGUGUCUUUGGCCAUGAUAAAAUAGUUACUGUAAAUAAGUCCUGUCUAAAUAAAGUAAGUCUUAUUUUGGUACCGUU